AUGUCUGUUUGUGUGCAUGGUUACCAAGCCCUACACCUAGAAGUAGCGUCCGAUUUGUCCUCUGAAUGCUUUUUAGCGGCAUUUAGACGCUUUGUUUCACGUCGUGGCAGAUGCUCUGAUAUGUACAGUGACCAAGGCACCAAUUUUGUAGGUGCUUCCCGAAUGCUUUUGUCCUAUCUGCAGGGUUUGGCGGAAACGUUGCAUAUUCAAUGGCAUUAUAAUCCGCCUUCCGCAUCACACUUCGGAGGCCUGUGGGAGGCAGGUGUUAAAUCGGUUAAAGCGCAUCUUGCGAGAGUGAUAGGUCAACAAGUAUUAUCCUUUGAGGAAAUGUCCACUGUUUUGGCGCAAUGUGAAGCCAUUUUGAAUUCCAGACCACUCUGUGAGAUGAGUUCCAACCCCAAUGAUUUAGAGUGA